AUGCCGACACCGUCUCCAAACCCGCCACCGGGGCCGUCUUCCCCUCCUCCGUACGCCUUUUCGACGUGUCCCGACGACGUCCAACAAUCUCCUCACCCCACCCGCCAAACCCACGCCGCCACCCAGUUGCCCGAGACCGGCGCGCUGCAUCUCGAGCCCAGCUCAUCAGUCGAUGGACCAUCGCCGUCGUCUUCGACUGCCCGGGCCAGCGCCGACGACAUAGCCGCCGCUGACGCUCUGAUGCUCGGCAGCGGAGCGUCGGUGGAACCCUCGUCAAGAGCUACCACUGUCUCGCCCGGUCCGCACUCCAGCGUCACUGGCGUCACUUCACCUGCCCCGAGCGCACCCGAUGGUGACAUUUCCAAGGGUCACGGCAUCGCCCCAGACGGGCCUUUGAGCCACAUGAGCGCCGCUCCAGUUUCGCGAUCGCGGCCGUCGCCAGACGGUACCUCGGGCUCGUCCCUGUAUCGCGAUUUCGACUCCGCCGAUUCAACACUAUACGAUGACGAUGAUGACCGAUUCUCUUCCCCUUCCAUGGGCUCUGAUGUGCCAAACCUGCGUGCAAUUCCGACCCUACCCUCAUCUUAUUUGCGCCCCGGUAGCAAAUUCCAUGGCACGCAGCAAUCCGAGAGACAAGUUUACGACGUUCAGGUGGAGAUCAAGCACGUCGAUAUGCGAGAGUCAUUCUUGUGCGGUUAUCUGCGUAUACAGGGGCUCACCGAGGAUCAUCCAACGCUCACGACCUUCUUCGAGGGCGAGAUCAUUGGCUCCAAGUAUGGUUUCGAGACGCUGCACGAAGACUGGGGAGCCAGCUACAAGACGGACAUGAGCCACUGGGGCAAGUUCAGCGCCUUUAGACCGCUUCACAAGCAGGCUCGAAAGGGACGCGUUACUAUACAUGACGUCGCGCAGAGAGAGAACAUCUUCAUGCGCUGGAAAGAGCACUUCUUGGUUCCUGACCACCGCGUGCGAACCAUCACUGGAGCGAGCUUUGAGGGCUUCUACUACAUUUGCUUCAACCAGCUCAAGGGGGAGGUGAGCGGGAUAUACUUUCAUUCGAAAAGCGAGAAGUUUCAGCAGCUGGAGUUGAAGCACGUCCCGAACCGGGGCUGCUUCAGUGCGACGGAGUUCCGGUGA